AUGUUCACCAAUGGCGUGCCAUUGAGAGAUAUUGAUGAUGAAAAUAAUAUCAAAUCAAAUACAUUAGUUCUUCGUAAUGAUUCUGAUUCGAAUCAAUUCUUUGAAAGAGUCGAUGCAAUUCGUCAAGAUAAUGAAGAUUUGCCUAAACACUUGAAUAAACGGGCAGACUUCACCUCAGCUCAACGUCAAUUUCAGAAUGAAACGUUAGCAGCACAUAAUUCCUAUCGUGCUCGUCACUGUGCUCAAUCUCUUCAACUUGAUGAUAUACUUAGUCGUUCGGCUCAAGACUAUGCUCAAAAACUUGCUAGUACGAAUCAAUUUUCUCAUAGUGGAACUAAAGGUCUUGGUGAAAAUCUAUACAAGGCAUGGAGUUCAAAUACUAUCAAAAUAAAUGGAACUAAAGCAGUGACUUCUUGGUACAAUGAAAUUAAAGACUACAAUUUCAAUAAUGGAGGUUUCUCAAUGAAAACGGGUCAUUUUACACAAGCCGUGUGGAGAAGUACGAAAAAGCUCGGUGUGGGUGUUGCUUAUAGUAAUGGAGGUCGUACUGUUGUUGUUGUUUGUCAAUAUUCGCCUCCGGGCAAUUAUCAAGGUCAAUAUCAAGCAAAUGUUCGUCCAAAAGGCAGUUGCUGA